AUGGCUGGUAACGGCGGCGAAACGGACCGUUACACUUGGACACAGACCCUUCAACAGGUGACUGUGGUCCUCAAGCACGACAUUGCACAGAAACGAGACCUCAAAGUCUCGUUCGACACAAAUCGACUGCAGGUGCUCUACGGAGACAGCGUUCUGCUCGACGGCGAGUUGCAUCGUCCGAUCAAGCCUGGUGAGUCGCUUUGGUACUUGGAGGGAACCAGUCUGGUUCUGGAGCUGGAAAAGUCGAACAAUAUGGAGUGGUGGUCUCGGGUGCUCGUUGGAGACGCCGAGAUCGACCCGUCCAAGUGCGAGCCCGAAACAAGUCGGUUGUCGGACCUUGACGGCGAAACGCGGCAGCUCGUCGAGAAAAUGAUGCUCCAACAGCGAGCCCGAAUGUUUGCGGAGAGAGCACCUGGGAGUGGUGCGCCCGGGCCCUGA